AUGGGACUACUUGCAUCUCUACCAGAAAGGCAUGCAAUCAUCGGACUUCAAUUUGAAAAUUUGGUGCUUACCAAUAGAAAGAGCAUAGCUAAUAUCUUAGGAAUUGAUGAAAUAAUCAGUGAAAAUCUAUUUUUCCAGAAGAGGACAGGUAGUAGUGCUACUUGUUUAUAUAAUUCGAACUGAAUUUAACACUCUCUACACGAAAUCAAGUUUUCAAAAAAUAGAAUUGGUCAAGAAGUA